AUGCCGAGACCCAAGACCUUCCUUAAGGAAUCCAAGUCCAAGAAGAAGAGCGCUGCGAAGCAGCUGCCCGUGACGGCCGAUGACUAUCUCGCAGUGGGCGUCGAGUUAGAAGAGGCCGGGGAGAAAUGGCGAGCCGGCGACGCCGCCAAGUCCAUGCGCUUCUUUAUGAAGGCCAUUGCCAACUACGACGAAGGGCUGCAGAAGCACCCGGGUGCGUUUGACCUAGCCUACAACAAAGCCCGGGUCCAAUACGAAAUCACACAGCACCCCAAGCUAGCGGCGCAACUGUCCGCGCCGCAGGCCGAGCUCCUGCAGGUGGCGCUGCAGUCGCACCGGGACGCGCUUCACCUGGAGCAGGACAAUGCCGACGCGCUGUUCAACAGCGGCCAGGUGCUGAACAGUCUAGCCGAAGUGAUGACGGACUCCAAGCACCCCGAUGGGGAGCAGCUAGUGCAGGCCAGCACGUACCUGCAGGAGGCGGUCGAGCUGUUCCAGCGAUGUUUAGCGCUGCAGGAGAUGAAGUAUACCGAGAUGGAGGAGCAGAUUAUGCAGAUGGAGUCGGGGGAGAUGGAAGCUCCGGCUCCCGAGCCGGCCCAGCCAGCCGAGCCGCAGCCACCGCUGCAGCCAGCCGAGAGCGGGUCCGGCGAGGAGGCGCAGGAGCAGUGGGCUGCGAUCAUUGAGCCGGUCACGAAGAACACGCUGGUCGACUCAGUGGUGGCGCAGCUGGAUACGCUGACUGCGCUGUGCAAUAUACUGACGUUCAACCCCGGCGCCGGCGGCGUGGGCUGGGUGCAAGAGUACUCUGCGGAGCUGAUCGAAACCCGGCUCCCAGCGUAUGUCGAAGGAUCCGACCGGCAGUAUGAGGCGGGCCUCGCGCAGGCCAAGUUCAUCUGUGCGCUGCACGAUGUCCUGUACCGGGGUGGCCACACGGACGUGCAGACCUACCAGCAGGAGGUCGGACGGGCGUUCGGGCCCGAGCUGGAUGUGUCGAGUGACCCAGAAGGACUGUGCAGCAAAGCCGAGGCACUGACCUCGCUGAACGGGGCCCUUGCAGACGUGCCUCCGGCCGAGGACCCCGAAACCUUCAAGCUCUGUUGCGCUGUGCGAUGGCAAUCGCUGUCGAGCGCGUUGGACGCAUUAGCCGCCGCGUCGAAGCUGCCGAGCGCCGACAACUUGCCUAAGAUCCACCUCGCACGCGGAGAUGCGGAGAUGCAGCGAUGGCGACUGGGCCGUGCGCCCUGGAACCAUGCCGUGGCUCAGGAGCAUGGCCCCAUGCUCCUGCGUAACGCACAAACGUACUACCGCGGCGCAGCGGCCCUGGCUCGCCGGGACGGAGAGGCGGAGGCUGCGCGCGACGGGUCGAUCAAAGAGGCCAUUGCCGCUGCGGUGGAGGGCCAGAAGACCAAGCUGGAUCAGAUCAAGGCGACCUCGCUCGAGCAGGUGAUCGCGGUGGCUCAAGACAUGGUGGAGGACGGAAUGGUAGAAGGCACAGAGAUGAGCGCCCUGAUCUCAUGA